AUGGACAAUUUUUAUGGACCAGGAAGAAACCAUCUCUUUGUUCCAGGGCCGGUUAACAUACCUGACCAGGUAAUUCGGGCUAUGAGCCGGAACAACGAGGACUAUCGUUCUCCUGCAAUUCCAGCGCUCACAAAAGAGCUACUUGAGGAUGUCAAGAAGAUUUUCAAGACUACCACCGGAACACCCUUUCUUUUCCCUACAACUGGCACUGGUGCUUGGGAGAGUGCUCUGACAAACACAUUGUCGCCUGGAGAUCGUACUGUAUCUUUCCUGAUAGGCCAAUUCAGUUUGCUUUGGAUUGAUCAGCAGCAACGCCUUAAAUUUAAUGUUGAUGUUGUGGAAAGUGAAUGGGGCCGUGGUGCCGAUCUCGACAUUUUGGAGUCAAAACUUGCUUCAGAUUCUGCACACACCAUAAAGGCUAUUUGCAUUGUUCAUAAUGAGACAGCAACUGGAGUCACCAAUAACUUAGCCAAAGUCAGACAACUUCUUGAUGCAUACAGCCAUCCGGCUCUCCUGCUUGUUGAUGGAGUGUCAUCCAUUUGUGCUCUUGAUUUCCGUAUGGACGAAUGGGGAGUUGAUGUGGCUAUAACUGGUUCUCAGAAAGCCCUAUCCCUUCCUACUGGGAUUGGAUUUGUGGUUGCAAGCCCUAAAGCUAUUGAAGCUUCGAAAACUGCUAAAUCACUUAGAGUUUUCUUUGAUUGGGGUGACUACCUCAAAUUCUACAAGUUAGGAACCUAUUGGCCAUACACUCCUUCCAUUCAGCUUCUCUAUGGUCUCAGGGCUGCUCUUGAUCUCAUUUUUGAGGAAGGACUUGAAAAUAUUUUCGCAAGGCACAAUCGUUUAGGUACCGCAACCAGACUUGCUGUGGAGGCAUGGGGUUUGAAGAAUUGCACACAAAAGGAAGAGUGGUUCAGUGACACUGUGACUGCUGUUGUUGUUCCUCCAAACAUUGACGGUGCUGAAAUUGUAAGAAGGGGAUGGAAAAGAUACAAUUUGAGCUUAGGUUUGGGACUAAACAAAGUUGCUGGGAAGGUUUUCAGAAUUGGACACCUUGGCAACAUGAAUGAGUUGCAACUAUUGGGGUGUCUUGCUGGUGUGGAGAUGAUACUGAAAGAUGUGGGUUAUCCAGUGAAGUUAGGAAGUGGAGUUGCUGCUGCCAGUGCAUACUUACAGAACAAUAUUCCUCUCAUCCCUUCAAGGAUUUGA